UAUGAGAUGAUGAAUAUCCAAUACAUAUACUUUUCAUUACAUUGACAAUUGUCUACGGCCACACCUAGGCGAAAACACCAGUUCCCGUCCGAUCACUGCAGUUAAGCGUCUGAGGGUCUCGUUAGUACUAUGGUUGGAGACAACAUGGGAAUCCGGGAUGCUGUAGGCUUUUUCCUCAUUUUAUUCUUUUUGUUUUUUUUUACCUCUUUUAGCAUAACGUAUGCAUGCAUCGUGUUGCAUUUGGUUUUCCUUUUGAUCGCCAUGGAAGUAGAAAAAAAUCCUUAAUACACAAAAAGGAACAGCGACACGUAGCAGAGACACAACGGGGAUCAACAAGAUGGUGCUAUAAAAUGGAAUUGUUGUUUACAAUCAAGUAAACAAUGAAUAUUUCGAAAAAAUAAAGAAGCAAUAGGUUGAAAGACUAUGAGUUACGUAUUAACAGGUCAUUUGAAGUUUUUUAAUAAAGGAAUCAAUCAUUCUUUACAUACAAUUCACCUCUUCAAUAUUGGCGAUGUCACUUCUCAACCCAUCUAUUCUUUCUUGUGCUGCUAUAGUCUCUCUAAAGCAUGAGAAGUAUCAUACUUCAUAUUAACAAAAGAUGAAGCGAAAUAUAUACAUAAAUGAAAAAUAUACAUAUUUUUAUAAAAUCAGGCUGUAUUUUCUUCUGGUUAAUAUUCAACUAGUGGUGCCUCUGGGUUACUAAGACUUCAGAAGAACAAACGUGAACUUAACCGGAACACAAAUGUCAACACUUGAAGAAUUAGACGCGUUGAAUGGUUCGCAGCAACCAGAGUCCAGCCAUGAUGAUUUUAUGGAUGGAAUUGAGCAAGAAAUUUUAAAUGCCAACUCUGAAGAGCUGAAUAGUCGGACAAGACUGUUAGAAAAUGACAUUAAGGUUAUGAAAUCCGAGUUUCAAAGACUAACUCACGAAAAAAGCACGAUGGUUGAAAAAACCAAAGAAAACCAAGAAAAGGUUGCGAAUAACAAGAUGCUUCCGUACUUGGUUGGUAACGUAGUAGAGAUUUUGGACAUGCCUUCUGAAGAAGAAGAUGCCCAAGAAUCAGUAAACCAAAACUCAGAGGCUCGCGUUGGCAAGUCAGCAGUCAUCAAGACAUCGACACGUCAAACAAUCUUCCUUCCCUUGAUCGGUUUAGUGGAACCCGAGGAACUUCAUCCUGGUGACUUGAUCGGUGUAAAUAAGGAUUCCUACUUAAUUAUAGAUAAGUUACCCUCGGAGUAUGAUAGUCGUGUCAAGGCUAUGGAAGUUGACGAAAGACCUACUGAACGUUACUCCGAUAUCGGUGGUUUAUCAAAACAGAUUGAAGAGUUAUUUGAAGCAAUCGUUUUACCGAUGCAACAAUUUGACAAGUUUCAAAAUUUGGGUAUUAAACCUCCCAAGGGUUGUUUGAUGUAUGGUCCUCCAGGUACAGGAAAAACUUUGCUCGCCCGUGCUUGUGCCGCUCAGUCUAAUGCGACCUUCUUGAAGUUGGCUGCUCCACAGCUUGUCCAGAUGUUUAUUGGUGAUGGUGCAAAGUUAGUUCGUGAUGCAUUCGCUUUGGCAAAAGAAAAAAGUCCAGCUAUUAUAUUUAUUGAUGAAUUAGAUGCUAUUGGUACCAAGCGUUUUGAUUCCGAAAAAGCAGGUGAUCGUGAAGUUCAAAGAACCAUGUUGGAGCUUUUGAACCAACUUGAUGGUUUUAGUAGCGAUGACCGUGUUAAAGUAGUCGCUGCUACCAACCGCGUUGAUACCUUAGAUCCUGCUUUGUUGCGAUCUGGUCGUUUGGAUCGUAAGCUCGAAUUUCCACUUCCAAACGAAGAAGCCCGUGUUGGUAUUUUGCGUAUCCAUUCUCGUAAAAUGGCAAUUGCUGAUGACAUUAAUUGGGAAGAAUUGGCUAGAAGUACUGACGAAUACAACGGUGCUAUGUUGAAGAGUGUCUGCGUAGAAGCUGGCAUGAUUGCUCUUAGACAAGGAGACACCAAAAUUACUCAUGAACAUUUCAUGGAUGGUAUUUUGGAAGUGCAGAUGCGUAAGUCAAAGACUUUACAAUACUUUGCAUAAAUAUUCCAUCUUCGUUUUUAUGAGCUCCUUGUAAUCUUGUCAAUUUUUUUUUUCUAUGAUUUCUAUGCCCUAAAAAUUCUAAAGCAUCUUCUGAUGCCUUCUCUCUUCACGGUAGUCUGACUUGUAAUGAAUAGUAAAGUACUGUUAUAUUGGUCUAUAAAACAAAUUUUGAUAUCGCGUGUUAUAAAUAGAUGUUGAACUUUACUAUGAAGGUUCGUCUUUAUCCUUUACUUGUUUUGAAGCUCUCCAGGUUACAGCAUUUCAUGAUCUCAUGAUCCUUAAUAGUAGUCAGGACUAAGGAUUCUUUCAUUUAAUUUGCGUAUAUGAGCCUUUCAUAUUCAAAUCAUCUAUGGGAAUUUUGAAAUCAGCUAAACUAUAGUUGCCUUUUCGACGAAAGCUGUUUUAGCUAGGAUGUGAAAUGGAGAAACUUGCUGAGGCAUUAUUGGGUUUAUAGCUUGGUUGUAUGAAACUUUUCAUCAUGCCAUUAUCACGAUCAAAACAUUAAGUUUUCUUAGGCCCUAUUUUCUAUUUUCUUGACACUAUGCAAAACAAUUGUAUGAUGGGCUGAACCCAGCUUUUGAUAGGAAGCCGUAUACAAGUUACACUUGCUUCAUUAGUAAGAGUAGUCACCAAACGACAUAGAACCAUUUGUAAUGGAAAGAUGGGAACAUUGAAAGGGAUUAUAUGUGAGUCUAUUAUGAAUUCACGAUUUUAGCUAAGACAGUUGUUUAC